ACCCCUAUCUUAUUAUUAGGGCGUGUUAGGGUAGCCAGUACCUCCGCAGAAACUGACUGGUCCAGAGUUAGUUAACGCGUUAUAUAUCCAUUACCUUGUUUUGUCAGUCUUCACUUCUCGCUUAGUACGUAUGUUCGAACAUAUAUAAAUAUUAGCGUGUACAUACAAUAUGUAGGUACACACUGAAUACCAACUUUUUUGUUCUCGUAUGAUUUAAGUGUCAGUACGAUAUCGUGUCAGUUUUUUACGUUUGAUUUUUAUCAGUUACAACGAUGUGCAAUACAGGAUCGACGGAUAAGAAAUUUUUGUUAUCGUUUUAAUCACCUUGAUUGCUUAUUACUCUGAUCCUUGCAAUUUGGUACAUUUAAUUACGGUGUAUGGUAAAAUAAAGCCUGUAUACACGUUAUAUUUCCAAAUGGUACAGACAAAAAGAGAGAGGAAGAGUCUUUUGCAACGAAAGAUGUAAACGACAUCGUUACGCUUUCCCAUCACAAAUUUGAAUGUUUCGAAACGUCAAGCGUAAGAUUUCAAUUUUAAACAACGUUCUCUAAGAUGAUCUUCGGGAUCGAUGUUUCAUAUUUUUCUUGUGUGAGGAAUAAGAACUAACGAUAUGGUAAAAUCACAGUUACCACUGUUAAUGGUUUCUCUACAAUUUUCCCGUAAUACUGAAUAAAACGUAUGUCAGUCGAGACGAGAUAUGAUUCAGCAAAAUGCAAAUGUGUAUUCCUAGGAUGCAGUAUGGCUUCGGUAUUCUGGCAUGCUUCUGGGAAUAAUUUGAUUUCUGCUGCUUUUAUCUUAUUCUUGCUACUUUGUCCUCGCAGCAGUACAGAGUGCGAUCAAAAGUUUAUAAGCACGCCAAAAGGUCCACUAAAUGGAACCUUUCACGCUCCGACAUUAAUUAAUCCCGACAGGGAUUCUAAACAAUGCGUGUAUACUUUCUUGGCUGGGCCGCAACAACGAGUUGAAUUAAUAUUCACUUCAUUCGGCCUUCGAGGAAUCCCACCAGAUGGAUCUGCCGUCGGAGAGUUACCUGCUUGUGUUCACGAAUAUCUGGACUUGUACACGGAAAUACGAUCGGAGAAUACCAGCAAGCUGGUGGAUACACCUUUCGGUGGUCGGUUUUGUGGCCCGAUACCACCUCGCAGGCGUGUGUCUCUUUAUCAGGGAAUCGCGCUUAGUUUCUACACUGAUAAAAAUUUUACGUUACCUAACCUGUUCAGCGGUACUUUCACAUUUAUUAAUGCGUCUGAAUACGAGGUGGGUACACCGGCUCCUAGCACACCAUGCUCUUUCACGGUAGAAUCAAAUAAAAAACGCAACGGUAGCAUACUAUCUCCUACGUAUCCGGGCACAUAUCCGAAAGGUCUUACAUGCAAUUAUCAAUUUAUCGGAAAGGAAGGCCAACGAGUGCGCCUUGAGUUCCGAGAUUUCGAUUUGUUUUUUGGAGGUCAACAUUGUCCCUUAGAUUACGUAAAAGUAUAUGAUGGUUUAGACAAUACAUCGGCUGUUAUUGGAACGUAUUGUGGUCAACAACGAAAUUUGGUAUUGUACUCGUCAGAAUCUAGUUUGUACGUGCUGUUCGUUACGCUUCAACGUACAGCAAACACGCAAAAUCGCGGAUUCAAGGGUAUCUUUGAAUUCUCCGAGAGUUUCGUUAAAUUAGACUUCAUAACCGCUUACAAGGGUGAGCAUAUACGAGGAUCAGAAUGCGACCAGAAGAUUUUGAGUAAAAAGGAAUCCAGUGGGCUUGUGGUUAGCCCGAACUUUCCAUAUCCCUAUAUACCGAAGGUCGUAUGUCGGUAUUUCGUCUAUGGAAUGCAAGAUUCUCAGCAUCUUGAACGCGUACGACUGGAAUUUGUAACAUUUAAAAUACCAAAAAAUAAGACUAUGGGAGAUUCGUCAUGUACCGAUGGAUAUUUGAAGUUGUAUUUAAAAGGACAAGAAGCGACGGAUUCUUAUGACAAAUUUGAUCAUGAGAUGUGCGGUACGGAGAGCAAUCCGAGCCAUGUAGUUAGCGAUGGACCGAGACUCGUGAUGGUGUUUAGUAGCGGAGAAUCUCAAGGACAAGGCUUCAAGGCACGAUAUUGCUUCGAAACAGAGUAUAAGAUACCGGGCACUGCGGCACCCGACGGCACCUGCAACUUUACGUACAUCAGUUCCUCUCGCAAAAAGGGAGAUUUUAAUUCUCCGCGACAUCCUAGUAAUUAUCCAAGUGACACAAAUUGCACAUAUUUAUUCUUAGCAACGCCAAACGAACAAGUUACUUUGAUAUUUGACUAUUUUAAAGUUCGAACGAAAAAUACAAAUGUGACGGUCGGACAUUACGGAAUGGAUGUUUGCCAAGACGAUUGGUUGGAGAUAUACAACAUUUACCGAGAUGAUACGGAAAAACUAAUAGGUAGAUAUUGCGGUAGUACAGCUCCGGGACCGGUGGAAUCGAAUCUCGGUGCCCUUGGUUUAAGAGUGAUACUGCAUUCAGAUUCUGAGCUCGUUUACAGCGGUUUCAAAGCUCGUUAUACGUUCGAGGUGGCGAAACCUAUUUUUGGAGAUUGUGGAUCGAAUAUAAGCAGUGUGAAUUACGGAAUCAUUACUAGCCCGAAUUUCCCAAACAAAUACGAUGGACCGGCAAAAAAUCUGGCUAGUAAAACGUGCAAUUGGUUUAUAAGAGUUCAACCGAAUCAACGAAUAUUAUUAAACUUUGAACUAUUUUCGGUAGAAGGUGAUCAAUCAGUUCGUGGCUGUCCAGCUGCGGUGCUGCGCAUGUGGUAUUCCGCAUCAUCCACGCCCAUUGAAUUAUGUGGUGUUAAAACACCAGAAGUUACAUGGACUUACCUCUCUGAGGAUAAUAACAUGCGACUUAGCUUCAUAUCGGCUGACAAAGCAGUUGGGCAACAAGGAUUUAGAGCAACGUGGACCGAAGUAAGCACAAAUACCGACUGCCAAGAUCAGUUUUUAUGUGGCAAAAGUAAAUACUGCAUUGCAGAGUUGCUUCGGUGUAAUAAAAUUUAUAAUUGUGGCCCAACCGACACUUCGGAUGAAGAUAAUUGUGAUAUAGUUAUAGAGACGAGUAAUUACGCUAUCCCCGCGGGUUAUGCCAUCGGUGCUGUAUUGAUAGCAUUGAUCGUUUGUCUUUUGUGCCAUCGAAAGCUAAAGAGACGAGUUCAAACUGUGCAUCUUAACGAUCUGCGUCAUCGUAUUGACGAAAGGCAUCGAUGUUAUCAUAAUGAAAAUCUUCUUCAACACCAUCACCACUUCCAUAAUCAUCAGCACCAGCAUCAAUAUCAACAGCAACAACAGCAGCAGCAACAUUAUCAAGAUUUGACUAAUGAUUCAAGAUAUCACUUAGAAUCAUCGACUAGCCCAGUGAGCGAGAGCGAUGUCGAGGAAGCUAGCAGUCUCAACAGUGUGUGACACAUCGUGCCAUCUAAUUUGAACCCUGUUUGCUAUCUUAUUCCAUUUGCGUUAUAGUUGUAUCCAUAGUCCAACGUCGCAUUUUUACCUCAUUUCUACCUCAUUUGUAACUUACCUCCUGAGAAUCGGCUAACUACUCCAUUAUUAUUAUAAUGAUAACUGAUGUGCAAAAAGGAAACUUUAAACAAGCUUUCACUUAUUCCAAUCGAGAGUAACAAAAAUCGUGCACGCAUUUUUUUUAGAUCGAGAGAAAAAUGUACGUCAUUCAUGCGAUGCGCGAUUUAUUUUCUUGUAAACGUAUAAAUACCUGAGCGUGUUUUUAAUAUGUACAAUUAUAGAUUAUAAUACGUAUAUAAGAUUGUAUAAAAAAAAAAACAUUGGAAAUUGGAAAUUGGAAUAGAUCAAAAAAAUUGACAAAGUCGAGCUGUAGCUUUGUGCAUUGGCAAUAAUGUGAUUGGAAAAUAAAUCAUUGUGUUUCUGAAGAUGAAAAAGUUAAAAAAAUGAAAGAGAACAUUAAGGCUAGUCUGCUUAUUGCUAACAAUAUCUUUGGAGCUUCUGAUCCUCUUCAAAAGAACAAUAUAUUUUUACCUCGAGUUAACUAGAUUUAUCGUUAUUGUUACGACGUCAUCGUGUGGUCAUUGACAUUUCUUUUCUUAUAUUUGUUUGCAUGAAUUUAGCUGAAUACUUGACAAAGUAAGAGAAUAACGCGUGUAAAGCCACGUUACAUCUCUGUUUGGUUGAAAUGUCAGACUAUGUAGAAUAUAUUACCAUACGCAUUCCUUCUCUUGUUUGAUACAUUUAUGUAGCAUGUACUAGUUGUACACAACACACGCAUAAAUAUUUUGUACAUGCGAAAACGCGAUCCUUUUACAAUUAGCACGCAAUUUAUUUGUAAAUGUUAUAUCCUUUAAGCGUAAACGACUAUUCAGCGAUGAGAUCUGUAGCUUGAAAUGGUCAAUCUUGGAAUUUGCAAAUAUGUAGUUGGGUCCGCGUGGUUUUAUACCGAUAAAAUGUUCCAUUCUUCCAUUACAAUAAAAUGUUCCAUUCUUCCAUUUGUAAAAUCGGGAAAAGACUAUUGUUCAACGGUUCAGACCUAUCACGAUUUCUAUUUGUGUUUUAAACAUUUUAUGCUUCCCAUAUUACGUAAAGCAAUUCAGAAAGAAUAAUUCGAUUCAUGCAUAUGGAUGAUUCUAUAUGUGGUAUGUAUCGCACGAAGCAGAACUGUUAAGAAAUACGUCACGUAUGAAAUUUAUAAAUGCUGCCAUUUAUUAUAAUAGUUAUAUUAUACGAUUUUAUACAAAUGAAAAUCGAAUGUAAUAACGAAUAAUCGUGUUUAAUGAAAUACCGAACGAAAUGAUCGAGCAGCAGAUUGCACUGACAGCAAAAUUUUACGCGUUGAAUUUUUUGCUUUUUGAUCUCCGUUCAACUUGAUUGAUGUUCUUGUAACAGAGCAGAGAUUUCAAUUUGUGUCAAAUCGAAAAUAAUAUGACGAUAGCGAAAGAAAAAAAGAAAAGAAAUAGAAACAUAAAAAAAAAAAGAAAAAGUUUAUGCUAAGUACGCAGAGAAUGGUGGUAUGUAAAACAUGUUCGUAGUAACAGAAGAGCGUAACAAAUUUGAUAGGUGUGAAAUAAUAUUGCAUCUCUAAUAGAAACAAGUCACACGGAAUAAGAGAAAGUACGCGAAAUAAUAAACGAUGUAAUUGAUCUGUAUGUGAUGUACACUAUAUUUGUAGCUCCGAUUUUGAUUUGAUUUCCUCUUUUGAUAGGAUUUCACUGAACGGUACAACAACCCUCUCGUUUCUUUUUUUCACAUUCUUUUAUUUUAUCGAAAAACAUACGAUGUUAAAAAUACAUACAAAAGACUACAAAUCGUUACAUUUAAAAUGAAUGCAUUCAAGUGCGACAUAUAUUCAGUUCCCAUAAGUUAGCGCCGCAUGCAAGAUUUUGUUAUACUCGAAACUCUACAUGUGUACAACACAUAUGUAAUCACAUUGUUAUCAAAGUUUCUAAUUUGCGAGUUUUGUGAGAUGUGUAUCGUAAACAGAAUAUCGUGUUCAAAAGUAACACACUUUGUGAGUACGAUGCACGCUAUUUGAUGUUAUCCGAGGGAAAGGGGACAACAAGGGAACAGACAAGAAAUAACCGUACAAAUAAAUGUUUGUUUCUGUACGUUAAAAA